UCCCUUUAGCCUUUUUUUUUUUGUUUUGUUUUGUUUUUGCUUUUAUCAAUUCCUCUUCCAAGACCUAAACAUCAACUUCUUUUUCUCUCUAGUGUUUUCAGGUAAGAAGCUCUGAGUGUGGAAUUUUCAAAUCUUCUGCAACUGGGAUUCUCUUUCUCUUUCUCUUUUUUGUCACCGACAGAUAUACCUCUGUAUGAAAAUAAAAAGACCCAGAAAAGAAGGAAAGAAGAAGAAUCCCGCUUCGAUUAGUUUCUGUCAAUUGAUUUUUUUUUUUUUUUUCUGGGUUUGAAUUGUUUUGGUGCAGAUAUCCCUUGAGAAUCUAAAGAAAGCGGUGUCUGACUUUUCCAGGUUCUUAAUUCAAGGAAAGGAGUCUUCAAUUCUUCAUCAAUGGAGAACAGGUAUGGUUUGUGGAGGCAGGGAAGUGGGUUGUGGAGAUCUUUGAGAGAUUGGGAUUUCAAUGAAGAAGAUGUUUGGGGAGUCCUUGAGGAAAAUAGGGAUACCAGUCCUGAAGCAGGUCAAUCCAUGGAGUCCCCUUUACCAGUUCCAAAACUUAACAUGUCUACUAGUGCUGCAAGAAUGAUCCCAAUAAAUUCUACUGGUAACUCAACUAGCCCUCAUGAAGGCAAAGGAGUUCUAAAGCAGCAGCAAUCAGCACCUGUUAACAUUCCUGACUGGUCAAGAAUUUAUGGUAAGAAGGCAUCAUCUAAAAAUGCUUAUUAUUGGGUUGAUAAUGGUGGAGAUGAUGAUCGUGAUGUUGAUGAUGAUGGUGGUGAUGUACAUGAUGGAAGAUACAGUGAUGAUGAUGAUGAUGAUGAAGAUGAUGAUGGGUAUGAUUUAAAGUUGCCUCCACAUGAGUUUCUUGCUAGGAGGCUGGCCAGGAGUCAGAUUUCUUCUUUCUCAGUUUUUGAAGGAGUAGGAAGGACCCUAAAAGGAAGGGACCUUAGCAAAGUGAGGAAUGCUGUUUUGACCAAAACUGGUUUCUUAGAAUAACAUACAAAUGAUCUCUGUCAUUAUUAGUAUCAUAAUAAUAAUUAUUAGCAUUGUUAGUGUUCAUUUUGUCUUGGUAAUGUUGUUGAAAGGUGUUUUCAUGUAGGUCAUAGUUGAUAACUUGUUGCCUGGCAGCAAAUAUAUAUAUAUAUAUGUAUAUGUAUAUGUAUAUGUAUAUGUAUAUAUAUAUGUUUCUAGUAGAAAUGUAUUUUGUGGAAUUGGGUUUGUGAUCUUUCCUUGGUUCUCCAGGUUCAUUUGUGAUUUUAUGUGUAGGUUGUAAAAGGUCCAGCAUUCUUGAUUCAAAAAUCAAAAGAAUGAGUUAUUUCUUUUGUA